AUGAUUCGCGAACAAACAGUUGUUCUACUGCUAAUUUGCAUUCUUUUAAGGAACCAAGCUGUUCCGCUAAAGUCUCCCGAUGAGAUCAGACUUUUCAUUAACAGAAUAUUUGAUGUGAACAAAAAUCAACAUGUAAAUCAAACUUUCGCAGUUCAUAAGGAGAACAACUCCAUCAUUCUCGACGCUGUUGAUAUUCCAGACACGGGAGAUGCAAAAACUGUGACGAAACGAGACGAUGCUGAUAACAAGGACAUCACGGAAAUAAAAGAUA